AUGGAAGAUCGCGCAGCUAAAUUGGCGCUAGCACGAAAAAAGCUUAAAGAUCACCAAGAUAAGAAAUUAAUUGGUGGUCAAAAAGAGGACAUAUAUAAAUCUGAAAAAUCUGAAGCCUGUUUAAUAAUAAAUGACAAUGAGUCCCUGAAAACAGUGGUCAAAAAUGAUGAGGAAGUCCCUGAAAUCAUACAGAGCACACAAGAAAUACAAAACCCUGAUUUUGAAGCAAAUGGAAAUAACUAUUUGUCAUCUACCAUCUCAAAUGCAGACUUAAAAAACAGACAGACAGAUUUAAAAAAAUCUGAUAUAACUGAAAAUACCAUAAUACCAGAACCUGAUUUAAAUAUCACUGAGAUUUUGAUUUCAAAUAAAAGAAACCUAGAAUUACAAGUUCAUCACUUACAAUCAUCAUUAGAACAACUGGAACAAAAAAAUGCUUUGGUAGUAAAUGAUUAUAAAAUAUGCAAUCAAAAACUUAAAGAGUUGGAACAUGAAAUUAAUAAUAUCAAUGAAAAAUAUAUAAAAGCAACAGAGGAAAUAACUAUAAAAAAUGCAAAACUUAAUGAACUUAGUUCUCUUCAGUUAACUUUAUCCGAGGAAAAUAGUAAUUUGGCUGAACAACUAGAAUUUACAAAAAGUGUUUUACAUUCUAAAGAGGCAGAAAGUGAUUCCCUCCAUAAGCAAUUAAUAAACCUUCAAAGUCAAUAUGAUGUCAUACACUUGCAGUUGCAACAACUAACUAAUGGCUCACCAGUUACACUACCAGCUGAAAAACCUGUAAAUGAUGAGAAAACACAAGCUAUGUCACAAAAAAUAUCCUAUUUAGAGCAGCAAUUGACUUCUUUGCAAAAAGAGAGGGAUCAAAUUAACGCACAUUAUGAACACUAUGUUGCUGAAUUAAAUGAACAAUUAAGCUCAUUAGUUAGAAAAAAUGAGGAACUUGUACGAAAUGUUGAAAAUUUGUCAAACAGAGAGAACAGUUUAAUUGAACAAAUAAGUGACAUGGAAAUUAGGAUACAGAAUUAUAACGUAGAUAAAAAAAACUUUGAAGUGGAUCGUACUACUACAACCAUCAAGGAUCUACAAGAUAAUUUGGUAAAAGCUCUGGAUGAUCUUAACGCAUUGAAAACAAAGCAUGAAUGUCUUCAAAAUCAGUAUGCAGAAAGUGUUGCCAAAGUUCAGGAACUCUCAGACGUAAAGGAAGUUGAAUGUAAUCACGAUAACAUUAGCCUUUCCAAGUUAAAUGCUGAUAUGACAAGUGAUAAAGUUGCAGCUCAAAGAGCUACUGAACAAAAUAAGCAAUUGAAGCAAGAUAUUCAGCGUUUGGAAGAUGCAUUUGUCAAAAUGAGUAAAGAUAAAUUGGAACUAACAGAGAAAAUUACGGCUGAGAAGUAUCUGAACAGAGAACUUACCAUUAAAUUAUCAGAAGUAGAAGAAAAAGCAAAAGAUAUGCAAAUUAAAUUGAAAGCCAAAGAUGAAGAGAUGAUGAGAUUGCAAUCGAACUAUCGAGAAAUUCAAAAGCGAUGUGACGAUUUAAUGAAUUCUGAUAGAAACGUAAACACAAGAGCCUCGGAAGUAGAGAACCCAAUUCCGGAAGUAAAUAUAGUUAGUGGAUCAGAUGCACAUACUGAAACAGAUACAGACUGCAAACAGUUACUGCAUGAAACAGAUGAAAGAAAUGAACACACUAAUAGCCUCCAGCGAGCAGACGCGAUGGUCAAACUUCAGGACCGUUUCCUCAAGAUAAUGGCCGAGGUUGCAGACUUAUCUGAUGAAAAGCACAGAUUGGAACAUAUAAUUUUACAGCUCCAAAACGAAACCGAUACCAUUUGUGAAUAUGUAGCAUUAUAUCAACAACAGAGAAGUUUGUUAAAACGGCGCGACGAAGAAAGAAGUGCGCAGUUGAAAGUUUUUCAACAGGAAUGUGGAAAACUCAAGUGAAUUAGACGAACUUAGUGGCCUUCUUAUUCGUUUUGCUGAAGAUAAAGAAUUAUCGUCCUAUUUCGUAACCGAGUCGAAACGUAUUGAUAUGGAAAGGGUAAUGACCUUACUCGCCAAUCUUAAGAAUAACUCUUUAAUUGAUAUCAAUAAGAAAAAUAUUGAGUUUAAGAACUUUUAUCCUUGUAACUGUUGCUCCGGAAAACUAAUUGAUGUAUAG